CUUUGACGAUCGACUGGAUCGCUCGUUCAUUUCCGUUUCUGUUACCCAGAGUACUUCGGACACUCAUCGACUAAGACGACACCCACUCACAAAAAAGACAUCAAGAAACAGUCUUACGGAUCAACCGCAACCGCAAUUUUUGUGUUUGUAUCGAAGAAAUCAUGAAGUACACAACCGCUAUCGUGCUGGCCUCGACCGGCCUGGCUUCGGCCUUGACCCAGCAAUGCACCGGUACCGCCGCCGAGGAGGGCGGCAACUGGUUCUGCGGCGCCAUUGAGCAGAUCCUCUACGAGGGCUUCUCCGGAAGCGGCUCCUAUAAGGAAGUCACCAACAUGGGUGCAAGUGGCGAGUGUGAGACCAAGGACACGCCUUACAGCGGCCCUCUGGCACCCCUCGACGAGGAUCUCUCCCUCCACGUCCGUGGCCCCAUCAACUUCAAGGAGUUUGCUGUCUACAACCUUGCCUCGGAGAAGAAGAAGAAGCGUGAUAUCGCUCCCUCUCCUCACGUCCACGCCCGUCGCCAUGGCCACGAGCACUUCCACGAGCAGCGCAAGAAGAAGCGUGCCGAGUGGAUCACUGCCACUAUUGACGGCAAGGUCGUCUCUUGGGAGAACAACUACUUCGGCCCGGCCACUGCUGUCGCUCCCGUCGACGCUGUCGCCACUGAGCCCGCCUACGAGGCCCCCGCUGUUGCUGCGGUGAGUGAACCCGUCGCUGCCACCACCACCAAGGCGGCCGCGGCUGCGAAGGCUUCUACCAAGUCCAAGAGCAGCUCCAAGUCUAGCUCCAAGAGCAAGACCGAGUCUGUUGCCAGUGGCGACUGGGAGCGCACUUCUUACUACAACGCCGCGGACGGCGUUGCUGAGAACAUCGUUUUCCUCGGAAACUACGGCGGCGAGGGAUCUGGCGUCUUUGAUACCGUCUGGGGAAACUCUCUAUCUUACCUCAAUGGCAACGGUGACGGCGGUUCUGCCAAUGCUACGACCCUCGAGGAUGUCCUUAUUCCCUCCAACAAGGAGUUUGCCAUCUUUACCGCCGAGCAAUGCGAUGAUAGCAGCUGCGGCUACUCUCGUGCUAAGGAUGUUGCCUACAAGGGCUUCGCUGGUGCCAACAAGGUCUUCCUCUUCCACUUCAAGAUGCCCCUCGACGGCGACCGCGGCUUCAACGGCGACAUGCCCGCCCUCUGGGCCCUCAACGCCCGCAUUCCCCGUACCGCCCAGUACAGCGACUGCAGCUGCUGGACCUCUGGCUGUGGCGAGGCCGACAUCUACGAGGUGCUGGCCUCGGGCGACACCAAGUGCAAGAGCACAUUCCACCUGAAGAACGGCGCUGGCAGCUCCGACUACUUCGACCGCCCUACCGACAGCUACAUCAAGGUCGCUACUGUCUUUGACGAGAAGACGGCCAGUGUCGCUAUUAAGCAGUUGCCCGCCGACUUCGACUUUAGCACCGGGCUUAGCUCCGAGACCGUCCAGGGAUGGAUCUCUGGAUUUGCUGAUAGCUCUACGGGUAGCAGCUUGUUCCAGCUGUCCACCUAAACGCCAUUACCUGACUUUCGGGGAAUGGGAAUGCUAUGUUUUUCUUUUAAGUUGUAUAUAUAUGAUUCUUGCAUUUGCCGUUUCACGGCACGCAGCCCGCUUUAGAAAUGAUUUGUUGAUACCUCAAUACCAAUAUGCCAUAGAUGAAUGGAGUUUUCAUGAUUGGAAAGAC